ACACGCCCAUCCCCAGCCAGGCUCAGCUCCUGGCAGCCGCUGGCUGAGCUGGGCCGCCAGCCCCAUUCAGGGAGGUCAGGGAGAGCCGAGUUGUGGGCCCACCCCAGCAGCUCGUUCCCCAGUGGUGCGGGGAGGGGCAGGGGCCGGGGCUGGGACGCGAAUCUCCCAGUCUCUAGCGCCCCUCCUGCCCCCGCUCCUCCCCAGGCUGGAGUGCAGCUCGCAGGCCCCAGGGGCCAAAGGUCAGUGACUCUGCACACAGUCAGGACUCCCUGGCCGGGGCUCCGGAGUGGGCACCGUGCCGGCAGUGGCCGUCUGGGCUUGCUGCUGUCAAACCUGUCUGGCAGCCCCACGCCGGCUCCUCCUCGCCCCAGCUCCGGGCUCGGGCUCUUCCGCUCCGCCGAGCCACAUUUCCAGAGUCCCGUCGUGCCCCCCACAUCCCUGCGUCCCUGGGCCUGGGGGAGAGCAGCCCCGAGGCCCCCUGCCCUUGGAGACGGAGCCAUGAGCCUGCUGGGCCAGGGAAGGCAGAACCGAGUGGCCCUGAGCCUCUGCACCUGCACUGAGCCCCGCCAUGAAAUGGGGUAGACCCGAGUGCCAUGGGGAGCCUCUCUAGAGAGCCGGCUGCUCACUUCUUAGCAAACAAGAUGGGAGAAGAGCCCACCUUGGCUUAACUGGACCUUUCAAAGCAAAGUCAGGUGCGUUGGCAACCCCGGUGCGUGGUUCCUGGUGGACGGUGACAUGGAUCCAGACGGCCCUUCCAGCCACACGGAGCCCAUGGACCUCCUGGCUCCUUAUGCCGCAGAAGCUCCAGGAUGUAGGCCUGGAAAAAGCCUCUUUAGGAUUCAAGAUGCGAUUGUGUUCUCCGAUAAUUACACAGACCCGGGCAGUGCCUUGUAUGCCCAGUCCCCCUCGGGCCCAGAGGGCCAUGGUGUUGGCAGCUGCUCCUUGGAAGUCGCUGCUGGGGACUGCGAGACGUCUCCAGAAGAAUUUGCUGGCCUGGGGGGUGGAGAGAUGCUGUGCGCCGUGGGGAAUGCACUUGGUUCAGAGAUCCCUGCAGUGGAAUCUCCACCCCCUCCAGCGGAGAACCCGAAUGCUCAGGACGAGGGGAAGAAUGACGCUGCCCAAGCACUGUUCUGGUCCGGGAUCCUCCAAGCUCAGCUGUGCAUGCUGGACCUGCAAGGGGAGCUGGAGAAGCAAGAAGAGCCUGUCGCUGAGCUAAGCAGCUGGUCCCGGGGCCCUGAGGACGCACUGAGCCGCGCCCCGGCUGCACAGGGCUUGCCCAUCUCCUGGGAGCCGCUGGACGAAAGAGCCACCGCGGCCAGCGACAGCGAUGACGGGCAAGAGGCCGGCCCAGGGAGGCAGGAGGAGGAGAACUGGUCAUCCGAGGGGGAGGAGGAGGAAGAGCAGUGCCUCUUCUACAACAACCCGCUCUUCCAGGAGAGCCCGGGUCCCGCAGGGCCCAGCCCCUCUGACGGCCCUGCCUUUUGGAGCGCCGCCGAGGGGGACGGCGCUGGUUCCAGCGAUGAGGCCGAUGGGGCUCCCCAGGGCGAGCCGGUGUUAGAUGGCCAGCGGGAGGAAGAGCUCUCGUGCCCCUUUGCUGAGGCGACCGAACCGGGAGCUGAGGAUGAGACGCCGUGCGAUUUCCCCGCCUACACGAUGCACUGCAGCACCUGGGCCCCCUUGGUGAUCACGGAACGGGACAUCGACGGGGCCUGUUCGAUGGCCGAGGACCCGGAGGCCCUGGGCCGCCCCCCCGACCAGCUGGCGGAUGAAGCCGUCUGCCACCCCCCGGUUGUCCUGUGCAGUGCGGAGUCGGGUGAGUCCUGGGACCAUUCGGGGACGCGCCGGCUGUUCUGCGAUCGCUCCUCCCUGGCCUAUAGGGGGUGGGGGGCUGGUUGUGAGACCAAAUGUGGGGGGGCAGACCGUACCCACCUGCUGCUGCUGGUUCCUGUGCCUCUCUGCAGCAGGUGGUGCUGCAGCUGUCCCAGACGACACUGCACUGGGUGUCCCAGGCAGGAGGACGCAGGGGAGAAGCCAGGAGAUCUGGAAGUGCCGCAGCCCGACGGGGUCCUACUUGCCAACGGGGCCUCCGGGGACCAGGGGGCUGCUCAGCGGCUCGCAGCGCGGCUCUACCACCUGGACGGCUUCAAGAGGUCGCAGGUGGCCUCCUACCUCAGGAAGAACAACGAGUUCAGCCGGCAGGUGGCGGAGGAGUACCUCAUCUUCUUCCAGUUCAGCGGGCAGACUCUAGACCGUGCGCUCAGGUUCUUCCUCAAGGCCUUCGUGCUGACUGGAGAGACGCAGGAGCGGGAGCGGAUCCUCGGACACUUCUCUAAGCGCUACCAUCUCAGCAACCCUGACGCCUUCCCCUCGGCAGAUGCUGUGCACACCCUGACCUGCGCCCUCAUGCUGCUCAACACGGACCUGCACGGGCAGAACAUCGGCCGCAGCAUGACCUGCCACGAGUUUGUAACCAACCUGGACGGCAUGAGGGAUGGGCAGAACUUCCCCAAAGAUCAGCUCAAGGCUCUGUACUACUCCAUCCGCAACGAGAAGCUGGAGUGGGCCAUGUGAGUACCCGGGGCCACGCCAGCCUCCCACUGCCCCCGCUGCCUGCAAUGGUCCCUCCCGGGAGCCACACAGU